GUGCGAAAAGACAUGUCCACAUGACACGGAAAUCAACAUGGCUUCUUUGUAUCAUCUCUUGUGCUGCAGAACCUGAAAUUGUCCGAACACAGCAAUGAACAUGAAUUUCAAUUGAAUUCAAUACGAUAUAUUUAACAACUACGAAGACACAAUGCAGAAGAUAAAGUCACUCAUGACCCGACAGGGUCCCAAAAGUCCCCAGGAAAGUUUGAGUGACCUCAGUCCUGUGGAAAACAUUAGGAUUCCCAGUAAGGAAGAACUACGGGAAAUGAGAGAGCAACCUAUCGAUCCACAAGCAGAACAAGAGAUAAUUAAUAGUAUUGAGGAUGUUUACUUCUCCAAUGAUUCUUUUGACAUUGUGCAGCAUGAGCUAGAGAAACUUCCUCCUGUUCUUAAUCUUCAAGAAAUAGAAGAAUACAGAGAUAAACUGAAGAAGCAACAAGCAGCUGUGUCAAAGAAGGUAGCAGAUCUAAUCCUGGAAAAACAGCCUUCAUAUGUUAAGGAAUUGGACCGUGUUACUUCACUGCAAGCAAACCUUCAGUUGGGAGCAGUCAUCUGCACAAAUGCAAGAAGGCAACUCGGUUUUGCAAAAGAAGAUUUUACACAAGCAAGCCUUGGCCUUCUUGCCAAUCAAAGGAAGAGGCAGUUGCUGACUGGACUGCUGAAAUCUCUGAGAACAAUAAAAACACUGCAAAGGACUGAUGUAAGAUUAAGCGAAAUGUUAGAGGAGGAAGAUUAUCCUGGAGCUAUCCAGCUGUGUUUGGAAUGCCAAAAGGCAGCCAGCACAUUCAAACACUACAGCUGUAUAAGUGAAUUAAAUUCAAAACUGCAAGACACUCUUGAACAAAUAGAGGAACAAUUGGAUGUAGCCUUGUCAAAAACCUGCAAGAGCUUUGAUAUCAAUCAUUACACCAAAGUUCAGCAGGCAUACACGCUUCUGGGAAAAACUCAAACUGCAAUGGACCAACUGCAUAUGCACUUCACCCAAGCAAUUCAUAACACGGUGUUCCAGGUGGUUCUCGGGUAUGUGGAGCUGUGUGCUGGGAAUGCUGACACCAAGUUUCAGAAGAUGCAGUACAAGGACCUCUGUACACAUAUUACUCUAGACAGCUACAUUCCCUGCCUUUCUGAUCUCUGCAAAGCCCUCUGGGAAGUCAUGCUUAGCUACCAUCGAACUAUGGAGUGGCAUGAGGAGCAUGACAAUGAAGAGACAGUUCCAGCCUCAGAUGGCAGCAGCACGGAUGGCACGGAGGAGUCCAACUUUGAUCGCAGUUAUGUGAAAAAGAAAUUAGAGCAUGGGCUGACCCGCAUCUGGCAGGACGUUCAAUUAAAAGCCAAAGCCUAUUUGCUUGGAACGGAUAUGUCCAACUUUAAGUAUGAUGACUUCAUUUUUGUACUGGAUAUUAUCAGCAGGCUGAUGCAAGUCGGAGAGGAGUUUUGUGGCAGCAAGUCGGAGGUUUUGCAAGAGUCUAUUAAAAAGCAAAGUGUGAACUAUUUCAAAAACUAUCACAGAACACGCCUCGAGGAGCUAAGAAUGUUCUUAGAAAAUGAAACCUGGGAACUUUGCCCUGUUAAGUCGAACUUCAGCAUUGUGCAGCUGCAUGAAUUCAAAUUCAUGGGCCAGUCACGCUCUCCUUCAGUAUCCCCUAGCAAGCACGCCUCCACUGCAUCCACAGCGACGAUGUCCCUGUUUGAACAGUACCAUAAUGGAGGAAAUCCAUUUGAGAUGCAGACAGACAGCAAAGAUGACGAAACAGAAGAUGUCUUGGCUUCUAAUGGGUAUGAGUCUGAUGAAUUGGAGAAGUGUGCCUACCAGGAUUAUGACAGUGACAGUGAUGUUCCUGAAGAACUCAAGAGAGACUAUGUGGAUGAGCAAACUGGAGACGCUCCUGUAAAAAGUGUGUCUCGAGAUACCCUCAGGAGCAGGAAGAAGUCAGACUACAGCCUUAAUAAGGUGAAUGCACCCAUCUUGACGAACACUACCUUGAAUGUAAUCAGGCUUGUUGGGAAGUACAUGCAGAUGAUGAAUAUCCUGAAACCAAUAGCGUUUGAUGUGAUCCACUGCAUGUCCCAAUUAUUUGAUUACUACUUGUAUGCAGUCUACACAUUCUUUGGCCGAAAUGAUAUGUAUGCAGAAGCAGCUAUCUUGUUUGUUUAUGUCUGUGUUUUCUAUGUGGUGUCGGGACUAUCUGUAUUCAUGAGAUACGCCCCUCCUCUCAGCCCCUAUCGGUCUCACUCAGCCAUUGAAUGGUUUUCUCGGCUUUUUCCGGAGAAAAAACAACUAGAGACCUGUUUUCUUUAGUCUUUUUGAUGACAUAGCUGUACAUGUAGUAGAUUUAAAAUUGAGAUGGUGAGGUUGAGAUGUAUAAUUUAUCACACAUCCUGUAAUUCUUAUUUUAGCUUUGCUAAUGACCCAGCCCUUUAGUUGCAUCAUUUAGAGGUUUGAGUUAAUGAAAUAUAUACCCAGGCUGAAGGCUUUCUCACCCAGAUAUAAAGCAUGAGCUCUCCUGGUUAUCCAUCUUAAUGAUUUGGAGCACAGGUUGAAAGCCAUGAUUUAAAUAGUUUCACCCUUUUGCCAAACAACAUAAAAUGUAUAGCUGCACACAAGCCUGCAUUGGUUCAUUUGUCUGAAAUGUAAUUUAAGAAAGAAGCAAGAUACAGUGCUAGCCCGUUAUAACGUGACCUGUUACAGUGUGGAAUCGGUUACAACACGGUGAGGUCGUGGUUCCCAUUUCCCCCAUAAUGCAAUUUGACUUGCAAACAUUGGGUGAACGUUCCAGAUACUUUAAGUGAUCCUGGUGAUGUUAUCAUGAAUUAUGCUAGGAUCAAUUGUAAUAGAAACUCCAAGAAAAGAAAACCUACAACACUGUGAGCGAGCAGUGCCUGGUUCUAUUGUAUCCCUGAUUUCCUCCAACAAAUCCAAAAUAAUGCUAUAAUGUCAUCCUCAGGGAGAUCAAAAAGGUAAUGCGGACCCUAAAUAUUCUCUCCCUUCUCAGUUGUUCUGGGUUUUUCAGGAAGGUUAGGAGCCUGCACUCUAUGUCGUAAGAAAUACGUUGUGACUGCUGCCAUAAUGCUCUUUCAUAUCAGCUGCUUUCUGACAUUUUCUUUGCGCCCAAAUAAGACCAAUUUGAAAUCUGACUUAUUUGUGGACACUUUUAGGGCCGGCGCAGCUGUUCUGCCGCUUCAUAAAUCUCAUUUUAAUAUCACAGACUUUAUUCACAAAUGAGCCCCACCUACAAUUUGCCCAUGCAUAUAAUUAAGGCUUGACACACCUUAAAAUCCAUGGCUAAUGAGCGACGAAGCGCAUUGCACGACGGAGUGCAUUUUGGCGGUGCUAACACGGCCUUAACUUGCCAAAAGUGUCAUGAUACACACGGGGCAAUUUUAAGGCCGGUGUAAGCUCGGCGCUAUGGCCUUAAUGCCAUCGCAAACGCUUGAUACAUGUCCCCCGUAGUACUUAUAAAGCUCCCGCGCUUGCACUGUAUUUUUGUUUUUUUUCAAAGUAAAAACAAACUGUCCGUUAAUGUUACAAAACAAGUACGAAUCAAGUGUGUAUAAACAACUUGGAUUCUGUGCUAUUUAUUUAUAGUUUACAGCAUUUAUUAUAAAAAAUAUACAAUUUAAAUGAGUGGUGUAAACUUUAAACUGGUGGAAUAGCAGUUUCUAUUAUACUGUAUAUAUUGGAACAACCCAGGAUUUAUACUGUUGCAGUACUGGUCUACAGACCCUGUGUUUGUGUGUGUUUGUUAGCAGGGAAGCGGUAAGCUUGCCUCAGCCGAGGUGAUAUCCAGGGAGGCGAGACAUGAAAGCAUACAGUGGGGUACACAUGCAAGUAUAUUAAAGAAUGUGGGAGAAACUCUGGAAAUCCCAAAGUUCACCAGAAUUGCAUGCUUCUAAACAUGCUUUUCCCCUAAGGUCCCAUUGAACCCACUAUAGAUCCCCUACCUAGGCAAGACAUUCCUCCACUGUCCCUUAUGUGGAUAAUGGAUGCUGCAACAUGAAAUCGAUCAGCCACUAAUCUUGAUAUUAACUGCAAAGAAUUAGUAGCAAAUUCCAAUUUUACUGUUCCUCAAAAGAUCACUGAUACACACUUAAUUACUGUACUGAAUGUUAUUCAAAAUAUGUUCAGUGUAGAUGAGAAGAUCUGAUCCUUAGCCAAAUACACAGAUUUAACGUGCCAACCAUUGUGAUUGAAAAUAUUAAUUACAUGUCUUUGUAGUUGUGCUGAAUUAAAAAAACCGUAAAACCUUGAACAGACGAUUGGAGAUCCACAAUUCCACACCAUGUGUGACCUUGAGAAGAUUACUUUACCUCCUUGAUCCCACCCAGUUGUCAAAAUGACAUGUUAUGAAUGGAUUUGAGCAGUCUGUCUUGCUUAUUUAUAACAAAUUGAUAUACAGUCUUAAUUAUUGUUUUGAUU